GCUCAUCCAGGAGCCUGUUGCACUCAGGGAUUUUUGGAUUUUUCAGCCUGGAUGCUGUAGCUUGGAGUCGGGUUGUCUUUGGCUUCCCCGUCUACUUUGCAGCAACUGUGUAUGAGGACGCUGCAUGUCUGGCAUGCAGACAUGGGCUCCUUGUUUCGAUCUAGGAUUACUAUAUGCCUGGCCCUCACCUUGGCUCAGGUGAUUGCUGUGACCUGCCAAGAAGAUACCAAGAAUGAUUCCUGUACAGAGGGCGGUAAAGUGUACUCCAAUGAUCAGAUAUGGAAUCCGGAGCCUUGUCGAGUCUGUAUGUGUGAUAUGGGGACAGUGUUUUGUGAGGACGUGGUGUGUGAGGAUGUAGGUGACUGCCAGACCACAGAGAUCCCAGAGGGCGAGUGCUGCCCCGUGUGUUCAGCUGCAGAACUGCAGCCUCGUGCAGAAACCGACACCUGUACAGAAAAUGGAAAGGUUUAUGCUAAUAAAGACAUAUGGAGCCCGGAGCCAUGUCGGAUGUGUGUUUGCGAUAUGGGGACCAUUGUGUGUGAAGAUGUGGUGUGUGAGGACCUCGGUGACUGUGAGAAAGCAGAGAUCCCAGAGGGCGAGUGUUGCCCUGUGUGCUUAACUGCUAUUUCAACACUAACUCCCAAUACAGACCCAAAUACAGCUGUAGAUGAUGAUAAAAAGAAAAGCUGCACCUUUGAAGGGGAGGUCCACCAUCAGAACGACAUUUGGAAACCUGCACCUUGUCAAGUGUGUGCUUGUGACAACGGUGUGGCCGUCUGUGAUGAAAUUCAAUGUGAAAUUCUGACGAACUGCGAGAAGGUCGUCACACUUGAGGGACAAUGCUGCCCCGUGUGUGACAGCUUUGCUAGCGCCAGCAGGAGGAUAGAAAUCAUGGGCUUUAAGGGGCAGAAAGGUGAACCUGGUGAUAUCCCUUAUGUGGUGGGGAACCCUGGACUUCCAGGACCAGAGGGUCCUUCUGGAGCUCAGGGACCCACUGGACCAAGAGGCUUUAAAGGCAGACGGGGAUUCCCAGGACCUCCAGGAUUUGAUGGUGAGCCUGGUGUGCCAGGAAAUCCAGGAGAAUCAGGACCCCCUGGUCAACCUUCCCCUCCUGGGGGAAACCUGAUGUCACAGAUGGCCUCAGGUUUCAGUGAGAAGUCAGGUCUGGCUGGGAUGGUGGCAGGAACAAUGGGUGAAGCAGGACCACGAGGACUUCCAGGGCCAACUGGACCACCAGGUGCAACUGGUGGUCAGGGAAUACCAGGAGAGGCUGGAGAGCCAGGACCAAUGGGGGAGCCAGGUCAUCGUGGGCCUGAUGGGCCACCAGGAAAACCAGGACCUGAUGGAGGGCCAGGACCUGCAGGUGCAACAGGAGAACCAGGAUUUCCAGGAUCACCGGGUGCAAGGGGAUUCCCAGGACUUCCAGGUCUUCCGGGACUAAAAGGCCCAAAGGGAAGCGGUGGACUUGGUGGACCAAAAGGCGAAUCUGGAGCAGUGGGAGCCAAGGGUAAAUCUGGUUCUCCUGGUCAUAUGGGUCCUCCUGGUCCAAUUGGGCCAGCUGGUUUGCAGGGAGAAAGAGGCCGAAUUGGACAAACUGGUCCUGUUGGUAAACGUGGUACACCAGGCCAUGUUGGUAAACCAGGACCUUUGGGUCCAAUAGGAAUACCAGGUCUGCCAGGAUUCCCGGGUAACCCAGGAAUGAAGGGUGAAGCAGGACCAACAGGGGUCAGAGGAAGUCGGGGGCCGCAGGGAGUCAGAGGGGAUUCUGGACGUGUAGGACCACCUGGACCCACAGGAAAUCAGGGUGCUGCAGGCACUGAUGGAUCUCCGGGGGCACGCGGUUCAUCUGGUAUUGCAGGUGUUCAGGGUCCACCAGGGUUGUUGGGUCCAGCUGGUCCUCCAGGUCCUCAGGGAACCACAGGAGCAGCAGGACCAAAAGGCCAAUUGGGUGAUGUCGGUUUCCCUGGAUUUAAAGGAGAAGCUGGAAUGAAAGGAGAGCGAGGUGACCAUGGUAUUCCGGGUUCACUGGGUCCAAUGGGAGAGGAAGGGAAGCGUGGACCCCGGGGAGAUGGUGGAUCAAUUGGUCCUCCAGGACCACCAGGAGAGACAGGAGCACCAGGAAAUAGAGGUUUCUCUGGUGCUGAUGGUUUACCAGGCCAAAAGGGAGCCCAGGGUGAAAGAGGGGUGCCAGGGUCAGGUGGUGGCAAAGGUUUAUCUGGAGAUCCAGGCCGGAUUGGUGAGCCAGGUUUAACAGGAGCUCGGGGUCUCACAGGACUUAUUGGUGCCCAGGGAUCAGAGGGAAGGCAAGGACCAAUGGGCUCAGCAGGAGAGGAUGGCAAACAAGGCUCAGCUGGUCCUUCUGGAAACAGAGGUUCUGCAGGACCUAUGGGCCUGCCAGGCCCAAAAGGCUUUGCAGGUGAUGCUGGGAAGAUUGGAGAGGCUGGAAAUCCUGGAUCUCCAGGUCAAAGGGGUUCAAAUGGAAAAGAUGGAGAGGAGGGUGCUGCCGGUCAAGCAGGCCCAGCUGGUCCAGCAGGAAAGAGAGGAGAGCAGGGACCUCAGGGAGUGAGCGGUUUCCAGGGUUUGCCUGGACCCCCAGGCCCACCUGGAGAGUCAGGAAAACCAGGUGAUGAGGGACUUGCUGGUGAGGUUGGUGCUGUUGGAGCGACAGGUCCAAGAGGAGAAAGAGGCCCUCCAGGAGAAAGAGGGGAAGUGGGGCCCAAUGGCUUACAGGGGCCCAAAGGUAGUCCAGGUGGACCAGGACCAGAUGGACAAAAGGGUAACCCAGGUCCACCAGGUUCUAAUGGAGAGCCUGGAGGUCCAGGACUUCAGGGGAUGCCAGGGGAGAGAGGCAUAUCAGGACCCUCAGGGCCAAAGGGAGAUGCUGGCUCUGUUGGAGGAAAAGGACUUGAAGGAAAAGCUGGAGCGGAUGGUGUGAGGGGCCUUCCCGGUCCUGUUGGGCCUGCUGGUCCCAGUGGACCAAAUGGAGCAAAGGGUGAACCUGGCCCACCAGGACCUACAGGACACCGAGGCUCAAGAGGAAUAGCUGGCUCUACUGGUGAUCCUGGUCCAAUUGGGGCUGCUGGCUUUCAGGGACCUCCUGGUCUAGAUGGUCAGCCUGGGGUCAAAGGUGAUGUUGGGGAGCCUGGUUUGAAGGGAGAAGCAGGAGCACCAGGACCACAGGGGAUGGCUGGAAAACCAGGAACACAGGGUCCUGGUGGUGUGGCCGGGCUGAAAGGUGCCAGAGGAUCGCAGGGUCCAGCUGGCUCUCCUGGUUUUCCUGGACUUCCUGGAGGAGUUGGGACCCCUGGCUCUCUUGGUGCCGUUGGGGCAGAUGGACCAAUAGGUGAGCCAGGAAAGCAGGGACUGCCUGGAAUCCGAGGAGAGAAUGGAGCUUCAGGCCGUCAAGGCGAGAGUGGACCUCCUGGUCCUCCUGGCAACGCUGGAGAGAAGGGGGAGUCUGGAGAAGAUGGUCCUCCGGGCCCUGACGGACCUCCAGGACCUGCUGGCCCCUCAGGACAACGAGGAAUUGUAGGCCAGCCAGGCGUGAGAGGGGAGAGUGGCCUGAUGGGGCUGCCAGGUCCUGCUGGUCCACCGGGAAAACAAGGAGCUCCUGGAACUCAGGGGGUCAAAGGCCCAGAUAGUGUGGUUGGUUUACCAGGAGCCACCGGGCCAAGAGGAGAUGUUGGCCCUGAGGGUAUUGCUGGAGCAGAGGGGUCUCCUGGUAAAGAUGGGCUUGUAGGGGAAAGGGGAGACAAGGGUAAUCCUGGCCCAGAGGGUCUACCUGGUGUUGUAGGGUCUCCAGGUAAUGAGGGUCCAGUGGGAACAACUGGCAGUCCAGGACCAAGAGGUGAAAAUGGUGCUAGAGGUCCUCCUGGACCUCAAGGAUCACCUGGAGUACGGGGCAAAGUGGGUCCUCAAGGACCACAAGGAGAGAAAGGAGGAGCUGGAGAACAAGGAGAGAGGGGUCAGAAAGGACACAGAGGCUUCACUGGACUCCACGGUCUACCAGGAACAGCCGGUGCCACAGGAGACCCAGGAGCUAAAGGAAUAGUUGGACCAGCUGGAACAAGGGGGCCUCCAGGAGUGGUUGGUCCCCCAGGAAAGGAGGGAAAUAUUGGCCACCCUGGACCAUCAGGAGCUCCUGGAAGCAGAGGAAGCAGCGGAGACCUCGGAAGCCAGGGUCCACCUGGUGAACCUGGACCUCCUGGCCCUCCAGGUCCCCCCGGACCUCCCACCACUGCUGUGGAAGACCUGUUUGCUGGCAUGAUUGAUUAUGAUGAGAACGGUGGCGUUGCAGAAGCUUUGGAACUCCCAGAGUAUGAUGCAGAAGCUGAUCAUCCUCCUCCUCCAGAAUUCAACAAAGAUGAGGCUCUGCCCAAUAAGAACCCACAGAUCCUGCAUUCAGAAAGGGGUGUUCAGAUCACACUGAAGACCCUCAGUGGACACCUGCAAAACCUGCGCAGUCCAGACGGCAGCAAGAUGAACCCUGCAAAAACCUGCCAGGACAUCAAGCAGUGCUACCCUCAGAAAAAGACUGGCGAGUACUGGUUAGAUCCAAACCAAGGAAGCACAAAAGAUGCAAUCAAGGUCUUCUGCAAUAUGGAAACUGGUGAGACCUGCAUCUCAGCCAGUCCGGCCAACAUUCCUCGCAAAGCUUGGUGGACGAAAUCCAGUCCCACUCCAAACAAACCUGUCUGGUUUGGAGCAGAUAUGAACGAUGGAACCAAAUUCCGUUAUGGCAACAAAGAGGAGCAGCCAAACGCUGUGGCAGUUCAGCUGAAGCUGCUGCAAGUUCUGUCCAAAGAGUCACACCAGAACAUCACCUACCACUGCAAGAACAGUGUGGCUUAUAAAACGGGAAAGAGUAGCAACCUGAAGAAAGCUCUGGUCCUUCGAGGCUUCAACGGCCAAGAACUCAGAGCACAAGGCAACAACAGGCUGCGAUACAUCGUUAUCGAGGAUAGCUGCUGGAAAUUAGAUGGACAGUGGGGCAAGACAGUGAUUGAAUACAGGACUCAAACCUCCGCCAGGCUCCCCAUUGUGGACUUGGCCCCUAUGGAUGUUGGAGGGGCUGAUCAGGAAUUUGGCCUGGACAUUGGCCCGGUUUGCUUUUCAUAAAACCAUCAAUUCCCCACCCAACACGGACAUAAAUAGCCCAUUUGAUGGGAAUGCAUCCAAUGCCAAUAAAGGUUAAAUGUUACAUGGCUGCAUGACCUGUGCAACUUGUUGGACGCUGAUUUUAUUUAUGCACCUUUUCAGUAAUUUACAAUCUAAAGCACAAGUUCUUCACAGGGAUCACAAUCAUGCAUGGGUUUAGUUGGAUUUUGCAUGAACUGGAAAGCAGACUGUAUCAGGUCAAAUUACAAAAUAAAGUUAUAUGAGUUAAAGUAUUCAAACUUUAUAUUUUUCCAAUAGAUGCACAGUCAGAGACCCUUAAUGAAGCAAGAGUUGCCACUGCAGUGACUGUAGUUAUUAAUUUUUAACAGAAAAAAAUAAUGAAAAUCAAGCUUGAACCUAAAUUAUUAAGUUCUGCAAAAGAACUCAUUUACUCUUUGAAUAGAAAACCUUUUAAUCUUAUUUCACAACUCAAACUGUAAAUGCAACAUUGACUGUAAAUUGCAAAUAAUGUGUUUAUUGUUGACAAUAGAUGUGGAAUAAAUGUCUUUCUUUUGAACAACUGGGCUUCUCGCCCAUAAUGAAGAACAUUUUGUGUAGGAAAGAAAGUGUGACUGAACACUCUCACCACUAGAUGGAGACAAGACUUUUAAUUUUGGAAUGCAAAUCAGAGCUUUAGGUUUUUUACCUGAUAUCCCAGCUGAAGAAUUCUGGAAGAAACAGUACAGGGGUUAAAAAAAAAAGAAGAAUUUAUAUAAAAUGCUAGGUGAAUUUAUAUAUUUUAAAAUUGCUUUAAGCUCUCAUGACGCAAAAAUAAAUAGAAAACUAGCAGAAAUGUCUAGCUUGAUCCUGCAAGUGAGGCCUGUUGUCAUGCUUUUCCCUUCCAUUUCAGUGUGUCUGCAUGUUUGUGGGUGUGUGUCUGAACAAAAUGAAAAAAAUAAACGACAGAGGGAGAGAGCGGUCCUUACAGGAAGAGAGUGAGUCAAAGUUCAGGCAGCACAUGUUUCUGGGUCGACCUCUCCACUCCUCUCGCGCUGAAAGACGUGACACUCUCACCGUUUCCUGAAGCCCAAGCUUGAUCCACAUCUGUUGAAGUGGUCAUUUUUAGCUUGGGCUUCUAUUUUCAUUUUGACUUUGGUGGAAAAAAUCUAACAGUAAAAGUGCUUUUCUAUUAUUGCACAUUUUCAUGUGUUUUUCUUUUUUUUCAUUAGACUUGCUCAGUUAGGAAUUGACAAUAAUGUAAAAACUGAUGUAGCUGCUUGUGUUUGUUUUUUUAUCUGCAUCUUUUACAGUUUCUGUAAUAGUUGGUUUAUUUAAUCUAAUUGAAUUCUAAUUUAUUCAUAAUUCACCAUUAAAUUCCUUUAAAAAAAACUUGGCAACCCAAUAACAGAUGGCAAAAUAAAUUGUCAUG